UUGAUGUUACGUGGUCUCUUGUAAACACCCCUCAUCAAGGUAUAAGCCAAAAGGAGAAAAAUAUGGAUUGGGAUGAAGCAAUUCAUUUGUAUGAAAAGGUAAUAGCUUGCGAGAGUGAAACUCUGAAAAUCAGAGCUACACUCAGGGUUGGACGUCUCUCAAAUUUGGCACCUGAUAAUGUAUUGGCACGCACUGUACCCAUCCUUGUUGAGCUUCUUUGUAAUCCUUUGAACAGUUCAACCCCAUCAAUUCAAGAAGCUGCUGCUUAUUGUUUGAGCCGCAUUGCUCGUAAAGGUGAUGGAUCAUUGGCUACAAUCAUUGGCCAAUCUGGUGUUGUGCCUUUCCUUCUGAGGUUAUUAUCAGAGUCACAAGCUAGAUUUAGGAGAGUUUUGAUAAAAUGUCUUUGGGCAAUUGUUACUUGUAGUAGCCCCUGUCGUGCAAUUGUAGUUAGAAAUGGUGGAUUGGAAAUAGUUCUCAACCUGUUGGCUUCAUCUAUGGAUGAUACUAGGCGUUAUUUGUUGGAGACUCUGAGUGCAUUGGCACUAUUGAGAGAAGUGAGGAGGGUUAUUAUAAGCUUUAGUGGCAUACCUUUGCUUGUUGAAGCUGCUAGGUCUAGUAAUAUGGUCUCUAGAGCCAGAGCUGCUCAGGCAAUUGGAUUGCUUGGGGUGACAAAAAGAGUAAGGCAGAUGCUUGUUGAUUUGGGUGUGAUACCGGUGCUUGUUGAGUUGCUGCAAGAGGGGGAUACCUCAACUAAGCUUGUAGCUGGUAAUGCCCUUGGUAUAAUAGCAUCCCACAUUGAUUAUAUUCGACCAGUUGCUCAAGCAGGGGCUAUUCCGUUGUUUGCUGAGCUUUUACAAGGAUCUGAGCCUCUUGGCAGAGAAAUUGCGGAGGAUGUGUUUUGUAUUUUAGCAGUUGCAGAAAGCAACGCAAUAUCAAUUUCACAACACCUGGUGCGGAUUCUUCAAGGAGACGAUGAUGAAGCAAAGGCUGCUGCUGCUGAUGUUCUGUGGGAUCUUUCUGGUUACAAGCACUCGGUGUCUAUUGUCCGGAACUCUGGCGCAAUUCCUAUUCUGGUUGAGCUUUUGCAACAUGGGAAUGACGAUGUCAGAGAUAAGGUUUCAGGGGCUGUUGCCCAGUUGAGUUAUGAUGAAGGAGAUCGAGUAGCUCUGGCUGAUGCAGGGGUCAUUCCACUCCUCAUGAACCUGUUGGAGGAUGAAUCUGAGGAGCUGAAGGAUAAUGCAGCAGAAGCCCUGAUCAAUUUCUCGGAAGAUCCAUUACAGCGUCAAAGAGUAUCAGAAAUAUUUGAUAUGCCUUCAUUCCAGAAUAUGCAAAAUAGACUGGUACGGAUCCGUGCAUCUGAUGAGCAAGUGGUUCGAUCUUUGAGACACAUGAGCAUUGAGCAGUUCACAUGGGACUCAGAACUUGGCUGAAUGUUACCAUGUAAAAUAUGGGGAGUAAAACUGUUGGUUGUAGAAGUGUAUUAGAGGCCACUAUGGAAGCACUAACUAGUUCUAUUAGUCAGGGAAGGGAAAGAAUGAUACAUCUUGUUUCUGUGGAAGACAAUAGAUUGGUGAAUCUGUAGGCAGGGGCUUGACAAAUCCUUCAAAACAUAGUGGUUUGAGGUUGAUGAAAAACCAUCCUCAGAGUUGUGUCAAAGAGUUAUAGCUCAACAGGUCCAUGGAUGGUCUUGAGAAUAGAGUCUAUGGCAAACCUACCUCCACUGGAAAGAAAGAAAAAAACAAAGAAGAAAAG